UCCUUUGAUCGCUGCCUGCACCCGCGACCCAAACCAUCGGUGUUCAUCCACACUACAUUCGAGAUGUCGCGGUAGUGAUAGUGACGGAACAUGUUACCACGUACGAGCUGGCAGCAUGCAGGCCGAAGGCCAUUGCAAGGGUUGGUCAGAAUACCCUGUCUCACAUCACCCUCCGGCGCGAACGCGCUUAACAGACUGAAGCAAACGCCAUGGACAACUCCUAAGAGAUUUGCCUCGGAGUCACUGCAGGCUGGUGAAGACAAGACCGGCCAUAUCAGCGCUGCACCCAACGAGGGCAUCUUGUUCUUUAACAAUGUGUAUCCUAUUUCCAUCAGGAGGAUUCUUGGAUUACCUGCGCCACAAAUGCUAGAUCGACUUGUCGCUCCUUUGAUCACAGGGAACGGACCUCAGCAGGUCAUUGAAAGAGCAAAAGCAAAGAAAGGAUUGCAGAUCACCGCCACCGAGGUACUCCCACGGAUACGAGAGGGAGGAGCGUUCGUCAAGUUCACUCACGAUGGCACCGCAUCAACCUCCGAGGUUGAGAAAGUGCUUCAACAGUAUCUGAGAGAUGAGCCGGUCAAGCCAUGGUGGGCUCCGUUCCGACGAAUGCGCAUGAAGGUUGUGAAAGGUCGUCCCUGGGUGGAGGAUUUGAUGCGCAUGCCUGCACCAAGACUGAGAGUGGAGUUUAUUUCGGGCGAGCCAGGAGGAAAUCCUACGGAUGCUGUCGAAUUAUCACAAGAGGAGCUAUUCCAGUUCUUCCGUCCUUACGGGAAACUCUCAGACAUCGUGAUGCAGCCUCCGGACUCGAAAGUUCUGCCAAAGUUUGCCCAUGUUGAUUUCUCCACUAUGGGCAAGGCCAUUAUGGCCAAGAACUGCAUGCAUGGCUACCUCGUUUCGCAAGCUGAAGGUGGCGGUGCGAAGGGUACGAUCCUGCGAUUAAAGUACGAACAGAAGAUCAAGCCAAGAUGGAUACGAGACUGGCUUUUCAGCCAUCCGCGGAUUGUCAUUCCUAUCCUCGCAGCGAUCAUAGCCGGUAUCACUGUUGCUAUCUUCGAUCCCAUCAGGACGUUCUUUGUCAAGGCUCACAUCACAAGAGCGCUUCACUUUGAAGACAACAAGCUUUACAAGUGGCUCAAAGGAUACGCCGAAGACCUUAUUCGUGGCAAGAAAGAAGACGAUGAAGCGGGCAUGGACGCCAUCUGGGAUGAUCGCAAAGGCAAUAUCGAGCAGGUGCAGACAUGGCUUAUGGAGACAGCUGAGACGUUCAUCAUUGUGCAGGGUCCUCGUGGUUCUGGCAAGAAGGAGCUGAUUGUCGACCAAGCGCUCGCAGACACGAAGCUCCAGCUUGUUAUCGACUGCAAGCCCAUACAAGAGGCACGUGGUGACAGCGCGACUAUCAGCGCCGCCGCAAAUUCUGUUGGCUACAAGCCCGUUUUCUCCUGGAUGAACAGUAUCAGUGGUAUGAUCGAUAUGGCCGCACAGGGCGCCACAGGUGUGAAGACAGGCUUCUCGGAGACUCUUGACUCCCAACUCAGCAAGAUCUGGAACACUACUACUACUGCACUUAGACAGAUCGCUCUCGAUCGGCGACACAAGACCGACAAGGACGCUGGUCUCGGCGAUGAUGAGUGGCUCGAGGCGCAUCCUGAGCACCGCCCUGUUGUCGUCAUUGACAACUUCUUGCACAAGAGCAACGAGGGUGGCAUCGUCUACGACAAGAUCGCUGAGUGGGCUGCACGCCUGACAACGGCCAAUGUCGCACAUGUCAUCUUCCUGACCAACGAUGUAUCCUUCAGCAAGUCGCUCUCGAAAGCCCUCCCUGAUCGGGUCUUCCGCCAGAUCUCUCUUGCAGAUUGUUCCGCGGAAGUUGCGAAGCGCUACGUCAUUACCCAUUUGGAUGCUGAUGUUCAAGACGAUCCUGUGCCUCACGGGAAGGAGCCCAAGCCAGUUCCUUCGCAGUCACGCACGGACCUUGACGAGUUGGACACCUGUAUUGAACUGCUUGGUGGUCGACUUACAGAUCUGGAGUUCCUCGCACGAAGGAUUAAGACAGGAGAGACACCACAGAAGGCCGUCCACGAGAUGAUCGACCAGUCCGCCUCUGAAAUACUCAAAAUGUACAUCUUUGGCGCGGAAGACGAGGGCGGAACCAGGCAUUGGAGCGCCGAGCAAGCUUGGAUGCUAAUUAAAGAGCUUGCUCAGAAGGAAAGCCUGCGUUUCAACGAGGUCUUACUUGACGAUAUCCUGAAGGCAGGCGGCGAGACAGUCUUGCGCGCUCUCGAACAGGCCGAGCUCAUUUCCAUCGGCUCUGGACCCAACGGACGGCCGUCGAGUAUCAAGCCAGGCAAACCGAUUUAUCUUCCAGCGUUCAAGCGUCUUACGGAGGACAAGGUGCUGAAGAGUCGCCUCGACCUUGCCAUCUUGACCCACUUGACCAAAAUUGAGAGCGCGACCAUUGACAAGUGCGAGAACGAGCUGCUCUUGCUCAGCAAGCUGAAGAGCCAGCCAGCGCAGAUGGCUGGAAGGGCGCAGUACCUGCUCAACAAGAUGAUGGCGAGUCAGGACAAGGUUGAGAAGUACGAAGCCGAGUCAAAGGGCUUGAAGAAGAUCCUUGGCCAGGAGUACUGAUUGCUGAGCUUGGACAAGAUACCACUCUCCUAUAUAUUUCACAUACCCCAGAAUCUGACAUAAGCACGUGCUUCACCCAACUACCUCGGUUGUCACAAUCUGUGCUUGCACUGAGUGGUAUUCCUAGCCAGGCGUGGGUGUAUAUUUGAGUUAGUUCUUG